AUGACAUCCAACAAAUCCAAGCAUAGCAAGGCCUCGGCGAUGCCCAAAAACAUCCCGUUUCUUGCGGUUCCCCGAAUAUACGAAAACAGGCUGUCUGAGAGCGUCAAUGCGCGGACGCUUGUUCUGGACCAGCUGAACGAGCUCGGCCCCCCAGAUCUGGUCCAUUUCUCCAAGUACGACUCCUCUUCCAAAUCCGAGGUGGGCGAGUACCAUUAUUGUAUUGGAAUCAACACCGUUUCUAUGGUCCAGCCCUACAUGUAUCUCCAGACCGUGCAAUUGGCAGACAAACGGCCGGCCACAGAAAAACACCCUGUGACGGGUAUUUAUUGCUCCUACAAUUGUUUCAGCAAGGGCGACCUGCGCAUUCAGAGAGUGUUCCCGGACACGGGCGUGCCGCUUGCGGAGUUUCUGCCCACCAGAACCAUGAAAAAAUACGAAAUUCCGGACGGAUCCUCAAACGUGUGGUUGGAGACAUAUGUCUCGAGCAUUGUGAGAUCUUUACUGUUUUCCGACGACAUCGAGCGCCAGUUGCCCGGCAUGUGCAAGUUCAACUUGUUUGAGACCAAGAAGGACGCCUCCGAGGCCAUUGUGGCCCUGGUGUCGCUGAUCCCCAAAGGUGUGAUGUGCGGCUGUUCUAGCACCAUCAACCAGCCAACCAUCAUGAACAACAACCUGGUCGACGCGCUGCUGCGGCUGUUGGAGAUCACCGGGCUGUACGAGCUGGCGUUCCGCGAGGUCGAGACGCUCGAAAAGUCGCAUAAGGGUCUAAAUGCCAACGUUCUAAAGGUCAAAAUGCUUCUUCAGCAGGGAGAAACUGUUCGGGCCGUGAAAUUGAUGCAUUCGUCUAUCCAUGAACAUCCGCGCGACGGACUCAUGCUGAUGGAACAGGCGCGGUACUUGAACGGCCAGAACCGUGCUGACCUUGCUCUUCCGUCCGCGCAAAGAGCCGUUGAGUGUCUGCCGACCGAGUUCGAGUGCUGGAAGACGCUGAUUGAGUCGCACAUCCUCAACAAGGACUUCCACAACGGGUUGUUGGCGCUGAACUCGUGUCCAAUGUAUACGGACAAGAAGGCAGACGUCUUCAAGGCGCUCAAACCAAAAGAUUUCGAGUUCCCGUUCCCGUUGGACGGCAAGUUGGAGGGUGUUUGGCAGGACGCAGAGACUUUGGGCUGUAUUUCUGGGUACGGGGGCAUUGUGGAAUUUUCUCCGGUCCAGCACGUCGAAGGCGUGUCGUCAAUCCAUCUCAAUAUCUACGAGCAGAUCACCAAGCUUCAUAGCACGUUCCGACAAGCAUACAGCUUGUUGGCCAUCAUGGAGCGGGCAUUGGGCUGGUCGGAGCUGCUGAAACUAAGAUCGUCGAUAUUUGUGAUGGAAAACGAGUACAACAACACGCUUCUUCUGGAACAGCAGGAACAGCAACGUCAAUGGGAGCAGAUCUCCCAGGACGACCAAAGCAUGCUGCAACUGCCGGUAGAGACCCGUCGCAGUCGGUCACGUUCGAUUCGCUCGCGCAAUGGCUCGAUUUCGUCGAACCCGCGCGUGUCCAAGUUCCGCGGCAAACGGCUGAGCGAGCGUUGGUUGGACUCGCUUUUUCUAAUUCUCUACGACAACCUAAAAUCUGUGCUUAUUUGGGAGAACGAGAAAAUGAACAACGAAGACGCUCCUGUGCAGCACAUCGCGCUGGAAUGGGAGCUGAUUGCCAUGGAGUGUUUCAGCAUCCACCGGUUCGAGACGUCGCUGGUCCCUUACAAGACGUGUCUGGACAACCGGUUCAGCGUGUUUGCUGGCUACCAAUUGCUACGGUACUAUUUGAACUACACGAAACACCCUACCGAGUUCAGCAAACUACACGGGAUUAAAACAACAAAGUAUAAGCUCACAGAAGAGUACGUGCUGAAACUGUGCUGCAAAUUGAUGAGUUGGAACCAUAGAUACUACGGAGACUUUUCAGUGGAGUGUUUGGAGGUGCUAAAGAUCAUGCUUGAAACGCAAGAUCCAGUGCUAAUCAAAGACCAGGUUCAAGGUCUGUUUGAAUAUGACCCAGACCCCCACGGAUUGAUCAGUCUUCUGGAUAGAAACCUGCGCUGGUUAGAACAGUUCCAGACUAUAUAG